UUUCCUUCCAGAAACACUCAUGAAGCAAAAAUCUCAAAACAAAAAGUAUGAAAAAGAAGAGGCUGGACCAACAAGAGAGUAUAAAUGAAGGUUUGGUUAGCUGUCUUCCUCAAGGAACACACACUCGGGCUUAACUACAGAUUCUCAGAGUGCAGUGAACAGCAAAGCAUUCCAAAAUGCUGCAUUAUUUUGUGGUAUUCUCUUGCCUUUGUGCCAUGAGCAUGACCAUGCCUGUACCUAAUUAUUACUCGUACUCCCCUGCUGCGGGGGAAGGCAGUGGAACUGAAUUUUCCACUGCACGCGAGGGUCGCAUCACUGGAGUCAGAUUAUAUGAAUAUCCCUACUAUGGAUACUACAGCAACAACAACAACAUCAAUGGGCUCCAGUUGCAAUAUAACGGUAACUGGACAACACUGGUUGGCACGAACAGUUAUGGCAAUCAAAGGGAGAUGACACUCUUCGACGACGAAUAUUUUGUUCAAGUCUCUGGAAAGUAUUACUCAGGCUACAUCUCUGAGCUUAUGUUUGUCACUAAUAAGGGGCGCUCUUUCAAAGUGGGGCAGCCAACUGGACUUUCAUUUAACUUCUACCCAACCCAUGAUGGAAGUGAACUACGUUUCCUCAGCGGUCGACACAAUGGAUUUGCCCUGACCUCCAUUGGGGCUCACUGGGCUGUGUUUGACAACAAUUCGACUGCAUCAUAAAGACUGAAAUAUUUCACAAUUUAUGUGAGGAAAAUGCCAGUUAACAAGUAGCCUACUUUUUUUCUGAGCUCUUGAUGAUGAAAUUUUGGAACUUUCUGAGUAAAAUUAAUUUACCAAUUACUUAAUUCAACACUAUAAGGAGACUGGUGUAAACUUAUUUAAUUCCUAAUCAUGCCUUAUGGGCUUCUUUAACACAACAAUUCCUAAAGGCUCUCAAUGAUUUUAGUAAAAAAAAAACUUUUUGUGUUAGACUAUAUAACAUUUAUGAGAUGAUACAAUAUUUUUAACCAAUAUUAACCUAAAUUAACUUUUUUUUUUUUUUUUUUUUUUUUUUUUUUUUUUAUGACAUCACUAUGAAAGUUAAAAUAUAGAGGUAAAAAGAAGGGCAUUCUGAAAUGCUGGGUGUCACCCUAAAAAACACUGUGACCCAAAACUGCAGUGAGAAUGAUUUGGAUAAACUCUGUACUGAAUGUAUACAUAUCCUGGAUAUGGAUGAUUUUAAAACUAACUAUUAGACUUGAUUUUACUAACUAUUAAACUUAUUAAAACAACCGAUAUACUUUUUUUUUUUUCAUAUGAAGAUCACAAUAAACUCACUUAUUAAAAUGUUUAA